AUGGCCUCCAACAAGCCUGGUGCGGUCAGUUCCUCCGGGAUCACAACGAAUGAAUCCACAGGGGAACGCUACAUUCCUUCGUCUGUCCGUGCCGACGGUUCCAAGCGACGAGAGAUCCGUGUCCGACCGGGAUACCGCCCUCCUGAGGAUGUGGAACUAUACAAAACCCGUGCGGCAGAGGCCUGGAAGAAUCGCGGAAAAGGCGGGGUUCCCGGUGCCGAUGGAUUGAAGGACGACGAGGACACCUCGGCCAACAAGGCAGGUGGUGCAACCAACAACAAGAAUGCGAAGCGUCGCGAAGCUAGAAAGAAGGCCAAGGCCACACAGGAUGGUGCUACCAACGGCAAGGAUGUGACUCGCAUCGAGAACUGGCGUGCCGCUGCGCCCGAAGAGGCUAAGAAGCAAUCGAACGGAGCCGAAAAGGACGCAGCGCAAACCGAAGAGGCAGUCGACCCUGAAGCCGAGAAGGAAAAGAAGGCCCGCAACUUGAAGAAGAAGCUGAGGCAGGCUCGCGACCUGCGCGACAAGAAAGCCCAGGGAGAGGCCCUUCUUCCCGAGCAGUUGGAGAAGGUGAUCAAGAUUCAGGAGCUGAUUCGCCAACUGGACUCCCUCGGGUUCGAUUCGAACGGAGACAAGAAGGAGGCCACCGAAGUGAAGGAGUAG